AUGGAGUCUCCCGUGGCUGACGUACACCUUGUGCCCAGGACAACCAAGGAAAUCCCCACUCCAGACGCUGCAUGCUGUCGAGCGGCCACCAUUGGUGUGGUGGCCACCAGCCUUGUCAUCCUCACCCUGGGAGUCCUUUUGGCCUUCCUCUCUACACAGGGCGUCCACGUGGACCACACGGCCGAGCUGCGGGGAAUCCGGUGGGCCAGCAGUUUGCGGCGGGAGGCCUCGGACUAUCACCGCACACUGACGCCCACCCUGGAGGCACUGUUUGUAAGUAGUUUUCAGAAGACAGAGUUAGAGGCAAGCUGCGUGGGUUGCACGGUGCUGAAUUACAGGGAUGGGAACUCCAGUGUCCUCGUACAUUUCCAGUUGCACUUUCUGCUGCGACCCGUCCAGACGCUGAGCCUGGGCCUGGAGGAGGAGCUGUUGCAGAGAGGGAUCCAGGCAAGGCUGCGAGAGCGCGGCAUCUCCGUGGCUGCCUAUGGCACGAUUGUGUCGGCCGAGCUCACAGGAAGACAUAAGGGACCCAUGGCAGAAAGAGACUUAAAAUCAGGCCGCUGUCCAGGGAACUCCUUUUCCUGCCAGAACAGCCAGUGUGUGACCAAGGUGAACCCGGAGUGUGACGACCAGGAGGACUGCUCCGAUGGGUCCGAUGAGGUGCACUGUGGUCAAUUCCAAGACCCGACGGAGUGGGUGGCCUACGUGGGUACGACCUACCUCAGUGGUUCGGAGGCCAGCACUGUGAGGGCCCGGGUGGCCCAGAUCGUCAAGCACCCCCUGUACAACGCAGACACGGCCGACUUUGACGUGGCAGUGCUGGAGCUGACCAGCCCUCUGCCUUUCGGCCGGCACAUCCAGCCCGUGUGCCUCCCGGCUGCCACACACAUCUUCCCACCCAGCAAGAAGUGCCUGAUCUCAGGCUGGGGCUACCUCAAGGAGGAUUUCCUGGUCAAGCCAGAGGUGCUGCAGAAAGCCACUGUGGAACUGCUGGACCAAGCACUGUGCGCCAGCCUGUAUGGCCACUCACUCACUGACAGGAUGUUGUGCGCUGGCUACCUGGACGGGAAGGUGGACUCCUGCCAGGGUGACUCAGGAGGACCCCUGGUCUGCGAGGAGCCCCCUGGGCGGUUCUUUCUGGCCGGCAUCGUGAGCUGGGGAAUCGGGUGUGCAGAAGCUCGGCGUCCGGGGGUCUAUGCCCGGGUCACCAAGCUACGUGACUGGAUCCUGGAGGCCACCACCAGAGCCAGCAUGCCUCUGGCCCCCACAGUGGCUCCUGCCCCCGCCGCCCCCAGCACGGCCUGGCCCACCAGUCCUGAGAGCCCUGUGGUCAACACCCCCUUCAAAUCCACACAGGCCCCCAGCACUGUGCCUCUUGACUGGGUCACCGUUCCUAAGCUACAAGAAUGUGGGGCCAGGCCUGCAAUGGAGAAGCCCACCCGGGUCGUGGGCGGGUUCGGAGCUGCCUCCGGGGAGGUGCCCUGGCAGGUCAGCCUGAAGGAAGGCUCCCGGCACUUCUGUGGAGCGACUGUGGUGGGGGACCGCUGGCUGCUGUCUGCCGCCCACUGCUUCAACCACACAAAGGUGGAGCAGGUUCGGGCCCACCUGGGCACUGCAUCCCUCCUGGGGCUGGGCGGGAGCCCAGUGAAGAUCGGGCUGCGGCAGGUGGUGCUGCACCCCCUCUACAAUCCUGGCAUCCUGGACUUCGACCUGGCUGUCCUGGAGCUGGCCAGCCCCCUGGCCUUCAACAAAUACAUCCAGCCUGUCUGCCUGCCCCUGGCCAUCCAGAAGUUCCCCGUGGGCCGGAAGUGCAUGAUCUCCGGAUGGGGAAAUAUGCAGGAAGGAAAUGCCACCAAGCCCGAGCUCCUGCAGAAGGCGUCCGUGGGCAUCAUAGACCAGAAAACGUGCAGCGCGCUCUACAACUUCUCCCUCACAGACCGCAUGAUCUGCGCAGGCUUCCUGGAAGGCAAAGUUGACUCCUGCCAGGGUGACUCUGGGGGCCCCCUGGCCUGCGAGGAGGCCCCCGGCGUGUUUUAUCUGGCAGGGAUCGUGAGCUGGGGUAUUGGCUGCGCUCAGGUGAAGAAGCCGGGCGUCUACACGCGUAUCACCAGGCUAAAGGGCUGGAUCCUGGAGAUCAUGUCCUCCCAGCCCCUUCCCAUGUCUCCCCUCUCGACCACAAGGACGCUGGCCACCACCAGCCAUCCCCCUAGGACAACAGCUGGCCUCACAGUCCUGGGGGCCACACCCAGCAGACCCACCCCUGGGGCCGCCAGCAGGGUGACGGGCCAACCUGCCAACUCAGCCUUAUCUGCCAUGAGCACCACUGCCAGGGGACAGAUGCCAUUUCCAGAUGCCCUGGAGGCCACCACGCACUCCCAGCUACCAGAUUGUGGCCUGGCGCCGGCGGCGCUCAGCAGGAUUGUGGGCGGCAGCGCAGCGGGCCGCGGGGAGUGGCCGUGGCAGGUGAGCCUGUGGCUGCGGCGCCGGGAACACCGCUGCGGGGCCGUGCUGGUGGCAGAGAGGUGGCUGCUGUCCGCGGCGCACUGCUUCGACGUCUACGGGGACCCCAAGCAGUGGGCGGCCUUCCUAGGCACGCCGUUCCUGAGCGGCGCGGAGGGGCAGCUGGAGCGCGUGGCGCGCAUCUACAAGCACCCGUUCUACAAUCUCUACACGCUCGACUACGACGUGGCGCUGCUGGAGCUGGCGGAGCCGGUGCGCCGCAGCCGCCUGGUGCGCCCCAUCUGCCUGCCCGAGCCCCUGCCGCGACCGCCAGACGGUGCGCGCUGCGUCAUCACCGGCUGGGGCUCGGUGCGCGAAGGAGGCUCCAUGGCGCGGCAGCUGCAGAAAGCGGCCGUGCGCCUCCUCAGCGAGCAGACUUGCCGCCGCUUCUACCCGGUGCAGAUCAGCAGCCGCAUGCUGUGUGCCGGCUUCCCGCAGGGCGGCGUGGACAGCUGCUCGGGUGACGCUGGGGGACCCCUGGCCUGCAGGGAGCCCUCUGGACGAUGGGUGCUAACUGGGGUCACCAGCUGGGGCUAUGGCUGCGGCCGGCCCCACUUCCCAGGUGUCUAUACCCGAGUGGCAGCUGUGAGAGGCUGGAUAGGACAGCACAUCCGGGAGUGACCGCCACGUGAUCGCCCAGGCCGGGACUCUAGGCGAAAGCAGCAGGCCACCCAACACCCCACCUCACUCUACCCUACCCAAGGACGGGAGUGGGGGUGUGUGGGGGGGGCUGUGGGUCCUGGGGAUGCAUUUCGGUAGCACCCUUUGUUCCAAUAAACACAGCUCCUCCACCCUGGCUCACUGGCUCAGUAC